GCACCAUGCGCAACCAGCGUCCAACACCACCUGUUCCCCAGAGCUUUGUAGAUGUCACACUGCCAGCAGAAUUCACUAUUACAACCAACCACCAACAGUUCCUACUGUAUGACAAUGGACAGAAUGCUGAGAACAGAAUGUUGGUCUUUUGUAGUCCUGACAGUUUAAGACGUCUUGCUGAAGCCCAUACCUUUUUUAUGGAUGGUACUUUCUCUGUAGCUCCACAUCCUUUUAAACAGCUGUACACCAUCCGAGUACCUUUUAAAGAUGUUACAGUCACCACAGUGUAUGCUUUCUUGCCGAACAAGAAUCAAGAUACAUACAGAGAGUUAUUUCAGUCAUUGGUCGACAAAUGCCAAGCCAGCCACCUACAGUUAAAUGUUCAGACUGUGGUAACAGACUUCGAAGAUGGCGUUCUACGUGCAGUGUCGGCAGUAUUUGGCCGCCAUAUCAACAACCAGGGAUGUUUCUAUCAUCUUACACAAGCAACUUGGAGAAAGAUACAGAGCCUUGGUUUGGUUCCCCACUACAAGAUUAGCGAUGACUUCCGCUUGUUCUGUGGUAUGAUGGACGGCCUUGCCUUUCUGCCUGUAGCUGAUUUGCCAAAUGGUGUCCACCUGCUAAGAACUUUGUGUCCAGAUGACCCACCAGAAGCAGCUGAACUUCUUGAUUACUUUGAUGCAACCUAUGUAAGUGGCAACAUGAGACGUAACCCAGCACCAGGUCAAGGUCUCCGUUUAGUAAUGCGCCGCACUCCACCCAUGUUCCCACCAACUAUAUGGAAUGUCCAUGACGCAACAGUCAACGGUGAUUCAAGAACCAACAAUGUAUGUGAAGGUUGGAACAACAAAUUCUUCAACUUAGUAGGUUAUGCCCACCCAUCAAUAUGGAGAGUAGUAGAAUGGUGCCAGAAAGAAGAAGCUACAGUGAGAACCUUGAUACAACAAGACGCUGUAGGCACCCCACCAGUUAAACGGGUCCAACAACGUUAUGUCCAACUUCAACUAAGACUUCAAAACUUGUGCAGAGACUUGACAUCAGGCAACAAGACCAUUGCAGAAUUUCUCAGGGGUGUUGGUUGGAACAUAAGACUUAACCAUUAGUUGUCAUCUCUGCUAUAUAUCAA